GCCCGGCUAACGGGACUCGCGGUCGUGGGUCGCCGGAGGGGCCGCGUCUGCACUAGCUCAGAGCCGCCGCGGGGACCUGGCCGGGACGCGCACUAUGCCCUACCUGCUCAUCAGCACCCAGAUCCGCAUGGAGGUGGGCCCCACCAUUGUGGGCGAUGAGCACUCGGAUCCAGAGCUGAUGCAGCAUCUGGGGGCUUCAAAGCGAAGCGUCCUGGGAAACAACUUUUGUGAGUACUACGUCAACGACCCUCCUCGCAUAGUCCUAGACAAGCUGGAACGCAGGGGCUUCCGUGUGUUGAGCAUGACAGGGGUGGGCCAGACGCUGGUGUGGUGCCUGCACAAGGAGUGACCUGCUCAUGCGGACUUGUGGAUGGGCACACCUUCCUUGGGCCCUGCCCAUUCUAGCCCUGCCUCAGUGACAAUUCUGCUUGUCUCUUCCAAACUGUCAACUUCCUUGGUCUACCACCAGUGAACUGAGUGGACUCUGAAACCCUGCUCUGGUCAGCUGGGUAAGGCAGCCAUGACCCUGGUGCUCUUGGUUAUCCUCCAGCUGCAGGACCGACGCUGGUUGAGCUGGGCAGCCCAGUGGGAGACAGCUUCGGGGCCUGGUUAGGUGGGUCCAGCCUAGCUAGCCCAAGCCAAUAAAGGGCUCUGAUGAGUGGUUGUUCCUCA